AUGGAGUCCCCAAAACCCUCGAGACCUCUUCUCUCCGUCUCCAGCUUCAUCCACCACCACUGCCUCCGUCUCGCUGCCGACCUCUCCAACCGCCUCGAAGACACCAAACGGUUCGCCGGUAACCUCCUCCCGCCGGCGACCCGGCGCCUGCUCUCCGCCUCGGGCACUCCGCCUCUGGCUUGGGUGGGCCAGCCGAACCACGCCUUGGCCGCCACCGCGACUCUCAGCUCUGACCACGUGGCGAAGAGCCUGGUCGGCACGGCGGUGUAUACUAUUAGCAAUUCGAACAAUGAGUUCGUGCUCAUCUCUGACCCCGAUCAAGCCAAGUCCAUUGGCCUCCUUUGCUUCCGCAAAGAAGACGCCGAAGCCUUCCUCGCUCAGGUUCGGACUCGGACAAGGGAGUUGAGAAGUCCGGCCAAGGUCGUCCCAAUCACUCUUGAUCAGGUGUACAUGCUGAAGGUUGAAGGAAUUGCAUUUAGGUUUUUGCCUGACCCGGUUCAAAUUAAGAAUGCACUGGAGCUCAAAGCUGCGGGCAAGAGUGCAUUUGAUGGAGUUCCUGUUUUUCAGUCCGACCUUCUGGUUGUGAAGAAGAAAAACAAGCGUUACUGCCCAAUAUAUUUCACUAAGGAAGAUAUAGAAAAGGAAUUGUCAAAGGUUUCCAGAUCAUCCCGAGGACCAGGGGUGUCUCAAAAUAUUAUGGUUGGAAGUUUGGAAGAUGUUUUGAGAAAAAUGGAGUCAAGUGAAAAGAAUUCCGGAUGGGAAGAUCUGAUUUUUAUUCCGCCUGGCAAAAGCUACUCCCAACACAUUCAAGAUGUGGUUAAAAAAUGAAACCUACCAAGCCCAACCUCUACUAACCAUACAAGAACUUAGUUUAGCAGUCGGGUCAUUGCAUGUUUUCCAGUUGCUCGUAAUAAAGCAGGUCAGCUAACUUUCUUGCUCCUCUUUCUUUUGCCGUGUCGUAAUGUGAAUCUUCAGAGAGAGGCUUGUAAUUGGUCAAUAAUAUGCAAAGGGAGGCUGUGAAUAAUUGAAUAUAGCAGAUUGAAACAAGCCGAAUACAUUUUGGCGGAGGUUAGUAAAUUGCCAGCUGAAGAAAUUGGUGCAUGGUAAAGUAGACAUUUGAUAUCAAUGUUCUCUAGAUCUUGUUCUAAAGUUUCUCGUCUCAUAGAGGAGGUUAAGAGUCUUCUCUCAUAGAGGGGGUUGAGAGUCUUCCAACCGUUUUAAUAUCAAUUUGCACUUCAACCGUGUAACUCAAUUAUUGAAAAUCUAGAAUGGAAUUAGAUUAUCAUC